AUGACUCAGGGGGUGUUGGUGGGGAAUAUUCCCUGGAAUGACAAACCCACUCAAGUGUUCCCACCUUUUUGCAUCUCCCCAGGAGCACUCACUGUGGGCCUUGUGCGACAGUGUCAGACAAUCCAUGGACGAGACCGGACGUGCAUCCCACCUCGGCUUCCCCCAGAGUGGGUCACCACACUGUUUUUUAUCAUCAUGGGAAUCAUUUCAUUGACUGUCACAUGUGGUUUGCUGGUGGCUUCCCACUGGCGAAGAGAAGCUACAAAAUAUGCUCGAUGGAUAGCCUUCACUGGAAUGAUCCUUUUCUGUAUGGCUGCCCUAAUAUUUCCAAUAGGAUUUUACAUCAAUGAAGUCGGAGGUCAACCUUAUAAAUUACCCAACAACACAGUAGUUGGGUCAUCAUACGUACUUUUUGUCUUAUCAAUUUUCUUUACUAUAGUAGGACUUCUAUUUGCUGGCAAAGUUUGUUUACCAGGCUGAU